CCUUAUUAACCACUGAUGGCGGAUAAGAAAAAUAAAAGGAGAGGAAAACAUGCAAUGGCAACUAACACCAGAAGCACAAGUGGUACCAAUGGUAACCCACGACAGCGGACCCCCCAGAACAGGGGGGAUAGCCCAGCCGAUGACAGUAGCCGAAAAGAUGAUGGGGAGUAUGAGGAGCAGCGACGCAGCCGCGGCCGGGGGAGGGGACGAGGGAGGCCAAGAGGACGAGCACGAGGACCUCCUAGGGGUCUGCGUGUCAACAAGAGAAAUAAGAUAGAGAGUGAGGAAGAGGAAGAAGAACCAGCUCCUCCGCCUGUAGAUGAGAAUGAACCUCCCAAAGCGAAACAGUAUGACCAAGAUUGUGACAUAUCAUCGCUUGAGGCUCCAACCUUCACCACGCUGGACAGAGGACCUCCUGCCCCCAUGCUUCGGCUGUCCUGGGACCAUCCUGUCAACCUCAUUGGCGAGAAGGUCUUGUCCCCACGGAUCCAUAUCUGCGACACCUGCAAUAAGCCUAUCCUCAUCUACGGAAGAAUGAUACCCUGUAAGCACGUAUUUUGCCUUUGGUGUGCCCGUGGGGAAGACCGUGUGUGUGCGAGAUGUGGAGAGCGUGUGGCCAGAGUGGAGCAGAUAGGCCUUGGAACGGUAUUCAUGUGCAACUACAAUAUAAAUAAAACUGUUUGCAAACGCACAUACUUAUCUCAGAGGGAUCUCCAGGCUCACAUAGACCACCGGCACAUGAAAGUGCCUGGGGCAACAGGUCUGCCAAAGGAGGAGAUGAAAGAAGAGCGUUUGAGCCACAGAGACCCAAGGGGAGAAGGCAGGGACACGAGAACUGAUCCGAGGGGAGACAUCAGACAAGACCCAAGGGCUAUGUCAGAUCCCAGGGUGAGCAAGGAAGGCUACGAACACAGGGACUCCUAUUCCAGCUCUCAGUUCUCCCGGCAGGGUUCAGGGCAGUUUGGUUCUAAUCACGGGCAGUCUCACCAAACGGCAGGCAACCACCAGGCAUCCUCUCAUCAUAUUUCAGUGAUUCCUGUAAUGACAACAGCCAGAACCAAUCUCAUCACCGUCCCACUACAGGACCAGCCAGAACACUCGUCACACUCCUCCUUCCAACAUUCUGGGCCAUCACAUCCAACACCACCACACCCCCCACCUCACAUGCCCCCUACGCAUCCUCCCCCAACUCACUCCUUCACCAGUCCACCCCCAGCUCACUCUCAGCCUCCCCCUUCCCACCCCCAACCCCCACCUUACUCCUCUUCCUUUAGCACAGCUUAUAGUACUCAGCCCCCACAGUAUACAUACCCUCCAAACCCAGCUGCCCCCCACCCCCCAACCCCAAUGUGCCACCUCCACCAUACUCAAAUGUGACACCUGCUGUUCCUCCCCCAACCACUUACGUCAACAGAUCUCAGUAUGACGGGCAGUACUCCACCGCGCAGUGGUCUACUCCUCCACCACAGACACCUCCUUCACAUCCCCCUGGGCCCCCUCUUCACCACCCUCCCCCACCUUCAGCUCAGUCCAGCCAAUAUUACAGGAAAAAUUUCUAAUGGGAUGGAUGGAUGUUACACAGGAUUAUUGUAAUUAUGUAGAUGCUGUGGACUUGGUUUCAGUGUAUUGUAAGGAUGCUGAUGCUGAAGUGUACACAGCAUUCUGUAAAUGACAAUUAUUGCUGGGAAUGUGUGGAAAGGUGGAAUGAAACAUUUUACUUAGAGAAAUGUGCAGGAAAACAGAUAAUAAUGGGAGACAAAAUUUUGGAGUGAAAUUUAUCUACUUAUAACAAAAUAUGUAAAAUUACUGGGUAUGAUUGUGAGGCCAUGAGAAAUCUUGCCAAGACUGCAAAGAAAUAUUGCAGUCAUGUGCCACAUUGUGUAUAAAGAUGUGCAAAUGUUAGUAUUUGCAAGUGUUCAAAUCUCUCGAAUGAUAAAAGUUGAAAUACUGUCUAUCAUGUGCUUGGUGUUGUUAAGGGGACCAUCUGUGAAUUGUAAUGCAAAGGAGUCAGUUGAGUGUUUUUGCUAGGCAUUUAAAGAAACUCUGGUGAUUGUGAAUGCUGAAAGACUUCUUUUAUUAGUAUUUCAUUUUUUGUGUUUUUUUUGUCAAGGUUAUGGGAAUAUUACAUGCGUCCCACCAAUUAUAGACAGGCCCUUUUUCAUUUUUCAGCAUAUGACGGUUAUACUGGCAGCGUUGAAUUAAAAUCUGAAUUUUCUUUUUAUAGAUUUCUACAAUUUAUUUAUCUAUUUUAUUGUAUAUAUAUUUUUUCCCAUCUUUUUAAGUAGCCUGGUUAACAGAUGGUUCCCUUCAAAGACUUUUUUUUCUUUUUUGAGUGCUAGAAAUUGCAUUUUAUUUUUGAUGUUUAAAUAAUAUCAGCUGGGAUAUGAUGAUACUUUCACAUCAUAUGCAUAUUUUUUCCAAAAAAAAGAUUUCCAUACAAUAAAAAAUAACAUUGAA